GCACACGAAAGUUCUCCACUGGAAACUGAAAAUUGAAAGUUAAGUUAUCCAACGUUGUUGGUGCGUGACGAAAUCUCGAGGUCGAUUUUUAGACUAAGAAACAUAUUGUUGAACCUAGUCCCGAGUGGAAGUGCGAAAUCCUGAACUAGCGCGAGUCCUGAAGUAGAGGAAGCCAACGGUGACCAUCCCGCAGUAUCCAUCUGUCGAUUUUCGUCAGUUAAAGUAUAAGAACAGCCUAUUCUCGCGCUAUCGACGGGUGCUCCUCGGCCAGGGACGCGAAGAUUCGCGGAAAUUUCGUUACAAGAUACAUUUCUCGCUCAAAGGAUUCCCCAAUCGUUCUUGUGUCGCAAAAUAUUGAUUUGUUUGCUCUAGUCCCGUGCAAGUGAACCUGUCACAGCUGUAAAUUAACGAGCAUACUCGGACCGAGGGAGCAACGUUGCUGGAGACAUUCAGAUUCCGUAGAGGUUCCUGCGCCCCUUUCGUGUAAACUCAUUGGAAAAAGAUGGCUGCCGGCGGUGAUGCAAAAUGGCAAAAAGAUGCAGCAGAUCAAAAUUUUGACUACAUGUUCAAAUUACUCAUAAUAGGCAACUCUAGCGUUGGAAAAACCAGUUUCCUGUUUCGAUAUGCAGACGACUCAUUCACUUCGGCAUUUGUGUCGACAGUUGGUAUUGAUUUUAAAGUGAAAACCGUAUUUCGACAUGAUAAAAGGGUGAAGCUGCAAAUAUGGGACACAGCCGGUCAAGAACGAUAUAGAACAAUCACAACUGCAUACUAUAGGGGAGCGAUGGGUUUCAUCUUAAUGUAUGAUAUCACAAACGAAGAGAGCUUCAAUUCCGUACAAGAUUGGGUAACGCAAAUAAAAACCUAUUCUUGGGAUAACGCCCAAGUUAUUCUCGUAGGAAACAAAUGUGAUAUGGAGGACGAGCGUGUGAUCUCAUUUGAACGUGGCAAACAAUUAGCUGACCAAUUGGGUGUCGAAUUCUUCGAAACUUCAGCGAAAGAAAAUGUUAACGUGAAAGCGGUAUUCGAAAGACUGGUGGACAUCAUUUGCGAUAAAAUGUCGGAAAGCUUAGACUCGGAUCCAUCCUUGGUUGCUGGCGGACCGAAAGGUCAGCGGCUGACAGACCAACCUCAGGACGCACCAAACGCUAACUGCAAUUGUUGAGAUCGACGAAUAAUGGCCGUACAAGUUUUGCCACUCGUUUACACACACAAAAUGUACCUACAUAUAAAUCAACAUAAGAAAGAGAAAAACAUUAUAAACACUAAAACAAUUCUGUUCAUCUUGAAAUUUGGCUUUUGCUAAGAACAAACUAUAAGUGGAUCAUAUUAUUGUCGAUGUAGCAAUCAGUUCAACUAGACACUGUACUCUAUAAGUUGGGAAGUCUCAUUCGUCCUUCAUUUCCAUUGAUUUGUUGCUGAUCUGUCAAUUUUGCGAGGAAUUUCGAAGGAGGCGGGGACAACUAAAGAACAAUAAAUUAAAUUGUCUUAAGGUGCAACACUAUUUACGCAUGUUAUAAACAGAACUCUAUUACAGGACAAGGAAUAUCUAGCCGACGGGCUUUGCAAUGACGAAGGAAUGGCGGUUUUCACGUAGGAAAGCUAGAAAUCGUUAUCAUAUUAUCUAAUGUGUAGUAAUUAUAAAUGAUGAAAAUGAAAUGAAAAAGACAAAAAAUAACAUUUGUUGCAUUUUGAGCAACAAUUUAAUGUGUAUAAAAGUUAUUACUUUAAAUUGUAAUUAAUGUUACUCCUACAUUUCAUCACACAUCCUAAAUUUAUUGAGUUUUUAAUAAAUAGAAUUUCAGUGGAACGAAGUAUAAAUAUAACA